GCCGGCCGACUGCGAUCUCUGCUGCGGCGGGAGAGGUGGUCGGGAAAGUAGGUACCUUUGGCUGACCUACUGGCUGCGCCACUUCUAUCCGCUCCGAGGCGGGAAGCGCCUAUUCCCCAGGACAUCAAUGCAAGCCUGAAUAAGAAAAAGAAUUUCUCCCUCCUAAGCCAUGGCAUAUCAGUUGUACAGAAAUACCACAUUGGGAAACAGUCUUCAGGAGAGCCUGGAUGAGCUUAUACAGUCUCAACAGAUUACCCCCCAACUUGCCCUUCAAGUUCUACUUCAGUUUGAUAAGGCUAUAAACGCAGCACUGGCACAGAGGGUCAGGAACCGCGUCAACUUCAGGGGCUCUCUAAAUACAUACAGAUUCUGCGAUAACGUGUGGACUUUUGUAUUGAAUGAUGUUGAAUUCAGAGAGGUGACAGAACUUAUUAAAGUGGAUAAAGUGAAAAUUGUAGCCUGUGAUGGUAAAAAUACUGGCUCCAAUACUACAGAAUGAAUAGAAAAAAGAAAUGGCUUUUUAAUGCCAUCCUGUUACUGUUCAUCGCUUUUUGGAGAGAAGCAUAGAAGAGACUUUUUUUUUAUUUAUUCUAACAUUGCAGAAAUGACUACUCUGUGCUAUACUAUCAGAGAAUUCCAAUAGAAAGAAGCUCAUAAGUCUGUAUCCUCUUUAUUAUACAGCAUGAAGAAACAGAACUUUUUUUUUAAUGACAAAUCAAACAUUGUUGCCUUCCUAGGACUAUUCUUUAAUAAAUUCAUUUUAAA